UGAAACUCUUAGUUUGCUCUCCCCGUAGAGGCGUGUGGAUUUACAACCAGCAACCAGCCUUUAUUUUUCUCAGCUAAGCAUUUUGAGGAAAAAACACAGACCAGGGAUCCUGUAUCAGCUGUGUUUGUAUCUGAAGAUCCCUUUAGGUUUUUCAGCAUUUCUUCUCAUUUUGAACUCAUUGAAGACAUACAGGAGUAAUGGGUGCCCAGUUAUCUAAAGGUGAAGCUACGGUGGACGGACAAGCCGUGGCUGAGAAAGCCAAUGGUCAGGAAAAUGGUCACGUGAAAACCAACGGUGACGUUUCCAGCAAGCCGGAAGGCGAUGCAGUGGCAGCAGACGGCAACGGGACCGCUGAGGUUGCCAAGGAAACAGAGGCAGGAGAUGCCAUCGAAGCCGCGCCUGCGACCGAAGCAGAAGCCACCAAAUCAGAGGGGGAAGCGGCCAAAGAAACCAAAAAAAAGAAGAAAUUCUCUUUUAAGAAUUCCUUCAAUUUCAAGGGCAUUUCCCUGAAGAAGAAACAAAAAGGACGCGAGGAGGCGGCGGAGAACGGUGCCACGCCCACCGCCGAAGAAAAAGUGGAAGAAAAAGCUGAAGAUAAACCCGAAGAGAACGGAGAAGCUGCCACAGAAACCAAAGAGGAGCCAGCUGCAGCAGAAACCAAAGAGGAGCCAGCUGCGGCAGAAACCAAUGAGACGCCAGCAACUGAGACAGAGGCGGAGCCAAAGGCUGAAGGCUCCACCCAGGAGCCAGAAGCCGCACCCACAGAGGAAACCAAACAGUCUGAGGAAACCCCUGCCCCUGCCGAGACCACGCCUGAGGCGACCUCGGACCCUGAGCCGGCCACGGACCCUGAGCCGGCCACGGAGUGACCUCACUUCGCAGUGGCAACCAGACUGUUUUCCUUUAUCGUUUUGUCUUUUUGAGAUUGAAAUAUAUAAAUAUAUAUAUAUAUAUAUAAAAUAUAUAUGAGACUUGAGCCACAAUCGUAAAGUUACAGCAAUACUACAGUGAAACCGAGUUCUUAUAACGCACCACAUUUGCUGAUAACUGUCACUUGUUAAUGGCUUGUUCGGUUCUGUUCCCGACCCGUGUCUGGGAGGAGAGCUCUGUGGUGUGAGAACUGGGAAUGCUGGGAAUGCUCUGUGUUUGGAUUACAACAACCGAUGGACUGUCUGUCUCCGAGGAAAAGCAGGGUUUUUUUGGAAGAGUGUGGCUUCCUGUUCACAGUUUUCAGUCUUUCUCUUUUAAAAUCAGUCAUCUGAUCCUUGAGUUUCCAGGGCUGAUGAGUGAAAUGACAAAUUGUCCUCUUAGGAUGUGGUGAAAGGACAAUGUAAAACCUGCGAAAAGGUUUCAUUUUCUUUUAUAAAUAGCUCUACAUUCCAAUUUUGUUAGCCCUGAAAACUGUAGCGUGUCAAGAGUGGAUAGCUUUUAGUCUUAGUCAGUUUAGUAUGAUGUUUUUUUUACGGUUUUAAUCAGUUCAGAGAGGUCGGAUACAUUUACACAUCUCAAUGUUUACGACAAAGGGGAAUUAAACCACUGCUUUUUCGUAUAUAUAUAUUUUUUGUUCUGUUGUGUCUCUGUACAUACAUUUUCUGACUCUCUUUAUUUUGCUAACGUUUCCAGAUGUUAUUAAAAAGAUGUUGUAAGAUUAGGCCAAAUAAAUGUUUGACCCCCUC